UUUAGAUAAAUUAUUCUGUUGGAACGAUGUUCCACUUUCCACUUAUUUCAUCCCCUAGUCUGGAUUUGGAUGUUUCCUUAGUAAUCCAUUCAACUUUUUUUUUUGAGGAAGAUUAGCCCUGAGCUGACAUCUGCCGCCCAUCCUCCUCUUUUUGCUGAGGAAGACUGGCCCUGAGCUAACAUCUGAAGCAGAAUGUAUGCACUUAACCACUGUGCCAACGGGCUGGCAUACAGUUUUAAUGGAGGCCAAUGGACAAGAAGAUAUAAAUAAAAAAAAUAAUUCUAGGGGUGAGCAGACAUCCUCCCUGCCAGCUCUCCCCAGGCUCCAGCCCCAGCCCCAAAUCUCCAUGACAACCCUAGACAGAAUCCUGACCUGAAGAGGAUCUGGAAGGGCAGCACAAAGAUCACCGUGAAGAGACCAGAGGAGCUGGCCGACUGCCUCCCCUCGCUCCUCGCGUCCUGCAGCUUCCCCACUGGCCUGGCCAGGCCCCACGCCCCAGUCUCCCCAAAGCCCCCAGACAGGACUCUGCAGGUCUGCCCCAUUGCUGGGCACAGCAGGGCCCAGAUGGCGGCCUGUCUCCCGCUGCUGCCCCCGAGGUUGCUGCUGCUGGGGGCAGCCGCCCUGGCUGCGUGUGCCCUGGAGACAGCCGACCUGGCGGAGCGCUGCGGGCACACGUGGCGCGGGGACGCGCUGCUGCUGCGCUCGCACUCCGCGUCGCGCAACUUCUACUUCGUGGCCCCGGACACCGACUGCGCGCUCUGGGUGCGGGCGGCGGCCCCCGGCGACAGGAUCCGCUUCCAGUUCCGCUUCUUCCUGGUCUACAGCCUGACGCCCCCGUCUCCGGCGCCCCCAGCGCCCAACGCCUCCUCCCCGGCGCCGGCCGACCCCUGCGCCCCCGGCUCCUACCUGCAGUUCUACGAGGGCCCGCCGGGGGCGCCCCGGCCCCUGGGGGCCCCGCUCUGCGGCCUGACCAUCCCCGCCCCGGUGGCGUCCUCGGGGGACUACCUGGGCCUGCGCCUGGUCACCAGAGGCCGCCAGCCCCGCGUGGACUUCGUGGGCGAAGCCACCUCUUCCCGGCUGGGAUCCUGUGGUGCCUACUUCCGCUGUGGGAAUGGCAGGUGCAUCCCCCGGAGCCUGGUGUGUGAUCGCUGGGGCCUGGACAACUGUGGCGACGGCAGUGAUCAGGCUCCUUGGCCCCCAGCCGACUGCAGAGGUGAAUGCCCCAUCCCCAGUCAGGACGAGGCAGUGAGGACCGACACCUCCGAGCCGCUGACCCUCUCCCCGACUCUCGGCUCUGCAGGCCGCCUCCGGAGUGCAGCCAGGAGGAGUCCCCCAGCAGGCCGGGACCCUGCACAGCAGGAUGCCGCUCCCGGAGGUCCCCGGUUGCAGGGUGUGGCGCUGGCCUCCUCGCUGCUCCUGGCCUCUGCCGGCCUCUUCAUGGGCCUCCUCUGGUGCUGGGGCUCCCUGAGCUGGCUGGCCUGGCGGGCUGGUGCCCGUGGCCCCUGUCCCAGCUGCACCAUCUGUUACAUGUGUCCUGGUCAGGUGGCCCCUGGGGGGCUGCAGCUGGGUGGGCCAACCUUCCAGGGCCAGGCGGGCCACCCCUAGAGAGGCUGCGGGCAUCAGAGGGAGUGGGCUCUGGGGUCACACAGACCCUGGGUUCCACCCCCACCCCCUGGAGGCCUGCUUGACCUUGGGCAGGUCGCUUAGCCCUCUGAGACUCAGUCUGUUCCUCUGGAAAAUGGGAUACUCCUGCCUCACAUGGUUCGGGAAGGCCACCGGAGGGAACUGGGCCUGUAGCUGGUGGCAGCUGGUGGCAGCUGGCGCCCUGCUGUUCAGCAAAGGGCAAGGCCUCCACGCCCAGGGCAGGCAGCA